AUGAAGUGCAGUCAAAGAAGUGUUGUUGAGAUAGAUAAGAAGGUUCAUAGAGAAUUUGCUCAUUGGUUUCGCAAUCGUAUUUGCAACAAUCUUGACAACAUUCAUGGACCAGAUAAAGAUGUUAUCAUUAGUCUUGCUUAUGGCCCUUUUGAUAAAGUUAAAAGAUUUACUGCGUUCAAUGUCAAUGGAUUCAAAUUUCGAACAUUGGAACGAGACAAUCUUUUAAAAACUCAAAAUAGUGCCGUUUUUUGCUUGUUUGGGACGCGAAGUUAUUCAAGCAAUAGUGAUGCCCAAAUGAGAUUUGGAGGGGUCCCUUGCUAUGGAAGAUUGAUAGACAUUAUUGUGCUUUCCUAUGAUGGCUUCACAGUGCCCAUGUUUAAAUAUGAAUGGGCUAAUACCAUAAACCCAAGAGGCAUUAAGAUAGAUAAGUUAGGUUUUACCUCUAUAAACUUUACAAAACUACUACAUUCUAGGGAACAUGAAGAUAAUGAGUUGUACAUUCAAGCGUCAGAAUCUCAGAUGGUUUUUUAUGUGGAUGAUAAGAAUGAAGAAGGAUGCAGCAUACUUGUUCAUUUGAAUCCAGGAGACUUGUAUGACAUGGGUGGAAAUGAUGAAAUUAUGUCACCAUUGAGCCAUAUCCAUCACAAAAUUUGGAACAAAUUUUUUCGAAUGAUGAUAUUGGAACUUCAUCAGCAAAUGAUAACAAUAAUUAACAUAUAG